AACGUAAACUAAGCCAUUAGAUGACCACCUUCAGUCUCCGAAGGCUGUUAUGCCAUAAUGUGGACUCCGAUAUGGCUGUGUGUGUUUUCCGUGAUUGAAUUGUGUUUUUACGGUUCCUACGCUCAAAAUGGCUCUGUGUGCAAACCUGGAGACAGAAACUGUACGACAAAAGAUAAUACCAUCCGUGGCGUAUUGUCCUCUGGCUGCGUGGCCCAAUACUUCCGCCUAUACGUGACCCGUCGAAUACCUCCUCGUAACUACCUAUACUUCCACGAGGUCCUCCAGGGAGAAGAGGAUAUCAGGAACUUUAACCCACUUACACCACCUAAAUUCAGGAUCGUGGGAGGAAAAUCUAUUGACAUAAAGGAUGCUCCAUACCAAGUGCUGUAUGGUGAAUAUUGUGGUGGAACCCUGAUCGCACCGGAGUGGGUUCUCACGGCAGCUCAUUGUAGAGAAAAAGAAACCUUCAUCCUAGUCGGAUCCACCUUCCGAAGCCUAGCAGUCCGCUACAACAUCUGCGCUCACUUCACACACCCGCUUUGGAGCAUGAACAAUAAACUACAUCCCCACGAUUGGGACUUCCAGUUGGUGCUGCUGGAGAAGCCUGUGCCGACUACGCCUAUGUCAAGACCAAUUGCUAUUGGGAGAUUGACUGAUGUAUUACCCGGUGCCUUGGUGGCCGUCAGCGGGUGGGGACAUACACAGUAUAAGAAAAGCGCAAUGCAAGACCAUUUACGCCGUGUCUACGUACCGGUCAUACCUGACGAGAUCUGCAAGAUACUGCCAAAUGUGAACUACCACAAUAUUACGGAUCGUAUGUUCUGUGCAGGCUUCCUGAAUGGCACUAAGGACUCAUGUCAGGGUGACUCAGGUGGACCAGUGAUAUACAACGGCAAACUAAUAGGCCUUGUCUCAUUCGGAGUGGGCUGUGCGUUACCAGACCAGCCCGGAGUCUACAGCAGAAUACCGUACGUUAGAGAUUGGAUCCGCGAGGUCACGGGUCUACCGCUCUAAUUUACCGGUAUCGAUACCAGAAUAGGAAAUACCGGUAUUAUUUCUGGUAGCAUCUAAUCUAACGUGUUUAUUUUAAGUUCGCCAAAAUAAAUAAUGACCGUAAGGUCGGGGAACUUUACCCUACAAGAUUACUUUGUCCAUGGAUGAAAAUCCAUUUUAUUGAAUUAGUAAAUUCUUUAAAAACGACACUAAACACACACGACACAAGAAAAUUUAUUAAUUAAAUAAAACAGGUUUUCAUGGGUGGACAAAGUAACCUUGUAGGGCUAAAGUACCCCAAUCUUUUACGGCAUUAAUAACGAUAUUCCCAUAUUAAAUUUGUAAAUUGAAAAUCGCAGGAGUUUACAGCCGGUAUCGGUACCAGAAUAAACUUCAUACCGGUAUUUCUGGUAUCUGUUUUAAUCAUUGGUAUUUUUUUUUAACUUGGUACUGAUAAAGUGUUCUAAUUAACAUUCUACAGUGCAACAAAAUGACGUUUUAAUUUUAUAAAAAAUAUCACGGAUAUCAUAUUCACAGAUAAAUAAACACAUUUGAUACCGGUUUUGAGAAGCUAUAAUACCCAAUGUAACAUAUUUAUUUUGUAAGUUCACCAAAAUAAAUGUUUAUUUAUGACGAUA